AAGUCUUAAGUCCGCUGCACUCGAUCGAAGUAUGAAAUUUCUUAUCGUCUUUAUCGCAAUCGUCGCAGUCGCAAUGGCAUCAUCUGUUCAAGAGGAAACCAUCACAAACGAAUCCCAAGUUUCACCCGAGGGCUACACAUUCAACGUGGCAACAAAUAAUGGAUUUGAACAUAGCGCAGAAGGUAAAAUUGAUAAUGAGAACACAGAGCAUGGAAGUCUCGCUGUUCACGGACAUUUCAAAUAUGUUGGUGACGAUGGAGUGACCUACGAAGUCAGAUAUAUUGCCGAUGAGAACGGUUUCCAGCCCAUCGGUGCUCACAUUCCCCAACCUUUAGAUGAUUAGGUGUUGAAUAAAUUUACUAUAUUUCAUUCAUUA